AUGACGUCAACUAAUGAUAUUAAUAAUAUUCCAGUAAAAUCAAUAUCAAAACAAAAAAUAUUACUAAUCGUAAUUAGUUUAACUGUUUUAUCCAUUGCUCUGGUUUAUCAACCAUUACCAGAAAAUUUUCCUCAACCAUGGAAGUAUCGAUUUCUUUCGUUUUGGGCACAUAUUUUUUCAAAAUUGGGCUAUUUAGGUGAAAAAGUAAAUUUAUUCGACCGUAUUCAUGUUUUACGUUUUCUUUAUUAUAUUACUGUUGGUUGUUUCCAAAUACGAAAUCCUGAACAUCAUUUGAAGAUUUAUGAUAGAAGAAUAUUAAAUGUUAGUGUUCGUAUAUAUGAACCUGAAGAAUUAGACUAUAUGGAUAAAAUGCCGACAAUAAUACAUUUUCAUGGUGGUGGAUUUCUUCUUGGUUGUCGAGAAACAUAUGAUCAAGUUACAUAUGCAUUAGCCAAUUUAACACGAGCACUUGUGAUAUCCGUCGAAUAUCGUCGUGUACCAGAACACUAUUUUCCUGCAGCACUCGAUGAUUGUACUUCAAUUACAUAUGAAUUAUUUAAAAAUGCUGACAAAUAUCGUAUCGAUGUCAAUCGUAUAACAUUAGCGGGUGACUCAGCUGGCGGAAAUCUAGCUUUAGUUAUAACACAAUCAUUAAUACAAGACGGUUAUAGUCCUCGUACGGCUUGUCUUAUAUAUCCAGCGUUGCAAUUUUUUGAUUUUACGUUACCAUCAUAUCGACUUUAUCUUCCUCGAAGUAUUCUUGGUGUUAUUAAUGAAGAAAAUUUUCUUUCUGUUAUGUCUGAAUUAAGUGAAAGUAAAGUAAAAGUAACACCUGAUAUUCUAUUUAAUAGUCACACAUCUCGUCAGGAUAAAAUACGGUUACAUCCUUAUGUUGAUGCUGGUAAAUAUUUACCUAUUUCAUUUCCAUUUGAUGUCGAUCAAGAAGGCAAUGAAGAUUUAAUUCCACAUUUGAAAUUUCUUAUCUCACCAAAAAUGUCUCCAUUAUUGGUACCCGAUGAACAGCUAAUAAAAUUACCGACAAUUUUACUUUUUACAGCUGAAUUUGAUAUACUUCGAGAUGAAGGUUUUAUAUUUGCUGAACGUUUGCAAUCAUUAAAUAAAACUCUUUAUCAUCAUCAUUUUGGAACAACAUUCCAUGGAUCACAUCUUUUAUUAUAUGGUCCAUUAAAAUUUGAUAUUGCUUACGAAAUGGUUGAGCAUAUUGCAAGAAAAAUACGCGAAAAUCUUUAA